AGCCAAUAGUGGAUGUACUUAGCAAUAUGCUUGAGGUGACCAACUAUCAAGGAUGGAAUGACCUGCAGUCUAGUGAUGCAGCUAGGUAGUCAAGUGUUGCUGGACAAUGCUGAGAGACUGGGUGUUCUGUUGGCUAGGUCACAGAACGCUAAUGCAACCAUUGAGCCAGUUAGAGUGUCCAGGCCUAACAUUAAAGACAUAACUUUCCCUAAAAAAGAAGAUUUGAUCAAUUUCACAAACACAUCCAUUUCGGUACCUGCCGCUAUUCGAACAACCUCAGCAUUUUUGACAGAAAUACAGAGUGAACGAAACAACACAGCUAUCCCAACUGUUUUCAUCAUUUUUCAAAAUCUGGGCUCGUUUUUGCCUACCCCCACUGGUGGUUUCAGUAACACCACCCAGGGGGCAUCAAUUGUCAUCUCAUCUCAGGUAGGGGAGCGGGGGAAUGGUCGACCCUCCCAGACACUCCAACAAUCCCCUUUGUCUCCCAACUUCACUUUCAAUAAAGUUGAAAAUUCCGAAAGUUAUCGCUGCGUGUUUUGGAACUUCUCUGAGCCAGUUGGCAAUGGUGGCUGGAUCAGUGAUGGAGUAUCAACUGUUGGCAAUGCUACUGAGGGAUCCACAACUACUGUUCAGUGUUCUAGUACUCAUCUCACUAGCUUUGCUGUCUUAGUGGAUCUGGGAGAUGGGUUGAAGAAUAUUUCUGAAGUAGAGAGCAUAAUUCUUGAUGUUGUUUCUUAUGCUGGCUGCUCUAUCUCUGUGCUCUGUCUGAUAGUAACCGUCGUCUUCUUCCUUGUUCAAGGGUGUGUGUGUGAGCUAUUUCACUGCCAUAUUCUAGAAAGAUGAAGGCAUGGCCUGGGAGUGUUUUUGAUAAGCAGUCAACCCACGAAAUUU